AUGACCAAGGUCGAUCAAAUGGUAAAAAUUCAAUGUUUUUACAUGGAAGCUGAUAAAAGAGUUACCGUACCACUUUCGGUCAGUAUGAUUACAACACAAUUCCGUGAGAAAAUGUAUCAGAUGCCGCAAUGUUCCUAUACAUUGCGUAAGGGUGGCCCAGAAGGUGAAAUUGUGCGCUAUGCUACAUUAGGGGAAAGCGUGUAUCACAGGUGGGAAUGCAUCGAAGUAGAGAAAAAGGAUACGUUUGGAAUGUUGGUUCAUUCAUGCUUCGUCGACAAUGGACAUGGGGACCGUGUGGACAUCCUAAGUGAGAAGGGAUGUGGAUUAGAUGCAGUACUGCUUUCAACUCCGGACUACGACAGCUCCUUGCGACUUGCUUACAAACCGUAUCACGUGUUUAAAUAUGCUGAUCGUCCUGUCCUCCAAUUUCAAUGUCAAAUCACCUUAUGUCUAAAGUACGAUGGUGGGUGUGAUGGAAUCACACCGCCAAAGAAUUGCCCAUCAUUACCAGGUGAAGAUGGUCACCAUCAUCAUCAUGGAAGAAGGCGAAAGGUAAUUUCGAAUAGGCUUCAUAAAAUUGCAAAAGCUGAACUAUCAAAGCUAGCUAGAGAAGUCGACGGUAUUGGCACAAUCGACGUUUUCACGGAUUCUCUAACUGUUGUAGAUCAAUUACCAUCUUGUCCUGGAUCGGUAUGCUCAUUA